CGCGAAUACUGUAGUGAGAAGCGGUGGGUGUGCCAGGCAAGAGGGGCAUUGUCACGUCUCGCAGAAGAGAAGAAGAAAUUUGGGAUUCUUUGACCGUGCGCGCUAUCAAUCUUCUUCUACUUCUACACCACACCUUUCUGGUAACACUCUUGCACUCAGCACAUAUUCGUAUUUGCAGUCAUCUGAUCACCCUGCCCAGCAUGUCGAACAACUACAAGGUCGCAGACAUUUCGCUCGCCGCCUUCGGGCGCAAGGAGAUUGAGAUCGCCGAGACAGAGAUGCCUGGUCUCAUGACCCUUCGCACGAAGUACGGCAAAGACCAGCCUCUCAAGGGCGCUCGCAUUGCGGGAUGCCUGCACAUGACCAUUCAAACCGCUGUGCUCAUCGAGACCCUCACUGCCCUCGGCGCGCAAGUUACCUGGUCCUCUUGCAACAUCUACUCAACCCAGGAUCACGCCGCUGCCGCCAUCGCAGCCACUGGUGUGCCCGUCUUCGCCUGGAAGGGUGAGACCGAGGACGAGUACAACUGGUGCAUCGAGCAGACCCUCAAGGCUUUCCCUGACGGCAAGGCUCUCAACAUGAUUCUCGACGAUGGAGGUGACCUCACUUGGCUCAUCCACAAGAACCACCCUGAGCUCUUGGCUGACAUCAUGGGUGUUUCUGAGGAGACCACCACUGGUGUCCACCACCUGUACACCGCCUCUAAGCGCAAGACCCUCAAGUUGCCUGCCAUCAACGUCAACGACGCCGUCACCAAGAGCAAGUUCGACAACUACUACGGCUGCAGAGAGUCUCUGCUCGAUGGUAUCAAGCGUGCCACCGACGUUAUGCUUGGCGGAAAAAUUGCCGUGGUCGCUGGUUUCGGUGACGUCGGAAAGGGUUGCGCCGAGUCUCUGCGUGGCUACGGUGCUCGCGUCAUUGUGACCGAGAUCGACCCCAUCAACGCUCUGCAAGCUGCUAUGGCCGGUUACGAAGUCAACACUAUGGACGACGUUGCCCCCAUCGCAAACGUGUUCGUCACCACCACUGGUUGCCGUGACAUCAUCACCUCCAAGCACUUCGAGAACAUGCAAGAGGACGCCAUUGUUUGCAACAUUGGUCACUUCGACGUCGAAAUUGACGUCGCUUGGCUCAAGAAGAACGCCAAGGAGGUCGUCAACAUCAAGCCCCAGGUUGACCGAUACACCAUGGCCAACGGCCGCCACGUGCUCCUCUUGGCUGAUGGACGUCUCGUCAACCUGGGUUGCGCCACUGGUCACCCAUCGGGUGUCAUGUCCUUCAGCUUCACUUGCCAGACCCUGGCUCAGAUCGAGCUGUGGAAGAACAACACUGAUGGCAAGUACGAGAGCGGCAAGGUCUACAUGCUGCCCAAGAUUCUGGACGAGGAGGUCGCCGCUUCCCACAUUGGCAAGCUGAACGUCAAGCUCACCAAGCUUACCAAGGUGCAGGCCGAGUAUCUCGACCUCGACCCCAACGGCGCUGGUCCCUUCAAGCAGGAGCACUACCGUUACUAAGCGAUCAAGCCCCUGUCGGCCGGAGCUUGGUGUCCACCACAAUGCUCUCUUUGGUCUCUCUUCUUGGCCCGUCACACACGCAUAGCACAGGAUCUUUCAACACCGAUUCUCACGCUUCUUGUCCUCAGUCACAUCCUCUUUGAACCUGCCAUUAUUCCGCUUCAUCACCAUACAAUUAUCCCCCGAAAUCCCGCGCCUCAAGAGAUCUUUUUGCUGCUCAACGCCAACUUCUCUUCUAUCGGUCCACGAGUCAAUGACCCGAGCCUACCAAUGUAUCAACACAUCGCAUCAAUACACACACACACACACACAAAAAGGCUUCUUCGGAAGUUUAGUCGCAAUCAACGAGAGCCAUUCAACAGGCUCGUUCAAAAGC